AUGUCGGGUAUAAAGAUAAGUUUAAAGAAGAAACCAGCGUCAAAAUUAAAGAAACCUAUAAUUAAUCAAGAUGAAAAAGAAUCAAAGAAAUUAAUUUCAUCGUAUUCUAAAGAUGAUGUACCACAACAAACCAAUACAGAUAAACCAAUUAUUAAACUCAAACAACGAAAUAAAAAAAUUCUACACCUGAAAGAAGUGCCGUCUAAUAUAGAAGAAGAAGAAGAUGUAAAAUUAGCAUAUGGAGUGACCACUUUUGAAAAGACAGACGAUAUCAAACAGCAAUCAUUUAUUAAAAAACGAACCAUGAAUAAUUUUGAUUCAGAUGAUGAGUCUGAAGAAUCAGAUAAUGAGAAACGAAUCCCAGUUGAAGAAUUUGGUGCUGCUUUUUUACGUGGAUUAGGUUGGAAUGAUAAUAAUGAUGAAGAAAAAGACAAAAAGGAGGAAAAACAACAAGAAAUUCUAAAUCAUCGUCAAAAGGGUAUAACAUUAGGAAUUGGAGCUAAGCCUGUAGAUCACGAAAUUCUACAAGAUUUACAAUCUACAGAAAAGGGAAUUCCAAUCAUAAAACGACGUAAACUUAAAUAA